AUGAAAGAGCUUGAGACAGAGAGGAAGAAGCUAGAUGAGCGUGAAAGAAGGAUCAAGCAGCAGGAAACGAACAAAAACAAAGAUGUCAUGGGAAAAUCCAGACUUGAUAUUGAAAUGAAUGAAAAGGCUAUGUUGGAGCAGGAUGAAGAAGCUAUGAAACUCGCAGAGAAACACCAGAAAGAGAAGCAGAAUCUUUAUGCAAAGAUAAUUGAAAUGGAAGCAAAUCUGAAUGAAACGCAAGUGCUGGAGUUGGAGAUAGAGAAGCUGACAGGUGACAUUAAUGUGAUGAAGCACAUGGUGGGGAUUAGUGAUAGAGAUGCAGAGUUAUUUCAGAAGAUAUCCAAUUUCUGA